UUUAUUCGUUGGAGUGAUCCAUCUCGCUCAUCAACGAUCUCCGCCCUCCGCCUCGCUCGUGCGCCUGAAAAUAGAUCCAGCAGCUGGGUUUGGUCCGGCCGUCCUCCGCUCCGCUCCCACCGGGUCCCACCGAGCGCUAACGGACACUUAUCGACGCGCAUCACCGGAGGAUUUACGGACGAGUUCCGCCGGGUCGAACCGGUCCACUUCCAGACUCCGUUCUCCGUGAAAUUUUUCCGCCGUCAGUUCUUUCUUUUUUCUUCCUCCGCAGCCGAAAGAUGUCUGUCGCGGGGCUGAAAAAGCAGUUCCACAAAGCCACCCAGAAAGUCAGUGAGAAGGUUGGAGGAGCCGAAGGAACCAAGCUAGAUGAUGACUUCAAAGAGAUGGAGAAGAAGGUGGACAUCACCAGCAGAGCGGUGCUGGACAUCAUGACCAAAACCACAGAGUACCUUCAGCCCAACCCAGCAUCCAGAGCCAAGCUGAGCAUGAUCAACACCAUGUCCAAGAUCCGCGGCCAGGACAAGGGGCCGGGCUACCCGCAAGCUGAGACCAUCCUGGGGGACGCCAUGUUGAAGUUUGGACGAGAGCUGGGAGAAGAGUCCAGUUUUGGCAUGGCUCUCAUCGAUGCAGGCGAGUCGAUAAAGGAGCUCGGGGAGGUGAAGGACGCUCUGGACAUGGAGGUCAAACAGAACUUCAUCGACCCGCUGCAGAACCUCCACGACAAAGACCUGAAAGAGAUCCAGCACCAUUUGAAGAAGAUGGAGGGUCGUCGCCUGGACUUCGACUACAAGAAGAAACGUCAGGGAAAAGUUCAGGACGAGGAGAUCAAACAAGCGCUGGAGAAGUUUGACGAGAGCAAAGAGAUCGCAGAGCAGAGCAUGUUCAACCUGCUGGAGAGCGACAUCGAGCAGGUGAGCCAGCUGGCAGCGCUGGUCCAGGCUCAGUUGGAGUACCACAGCCGAGCCGCCGAAAUCCUGCAGCAGCUCUCCAGCAAGAUGGAGGACAGGAUAAAAGAAGUUUCCAGUAAACCCAGGAAAGAGUACAGUCCCAAACCCAGAAUGACACUGGAGCUGCUGCCCCCCAGCGAGAGCCACAAUGGGGGGAUACACUCUGCCAAAUCUCCCGGAAGAUCACCAGCCCCCAUGGACCAGCCGUGUUGCCGAGCGCUCUACGACUUUGAGCCAGAAAACGAGGGGGAGUUGGGCUUCAAGGAGGGUGACAUCAUCACCCUGACCAAUCAGAUCGACGACAACUGGUACGAGGGCAUGAUCAAUGGCCAGUCGGGCUUCUUCCCCAUCAACUAUGUGGAUAUCCUGGUGCCGCUCCCUCAUUAAGUCCGGUCGGCGACCUGGUGCUCGCCUCCUUUCAAUCCAGACACCCAGAAGACAACCUGCAUUUACAAAACAAACCACGCCCUUUCUCUUCUUUGUAUUCUUCUUCUGUGCUUCUGUGCGAUUCUGCUUUCACACAAGAAACUGAAACGGAAAACGGCCGGACAACACAAAAUCCUGACACGGAGACUUUAACAAAGAUGGAUGCAGAAGUCUGUAGGAGAUGAAGAGAUCCUUUACAGGGCGUGGCUCAACCUGGCAGCACUGGACACCAAUGAUGCUGUGGAGAAACGAGGCCCAGGGUUUAUGUAUGUGCAUGUCUGUGUGACCUGUUCGUGCUCUGUUAUGAUGAAGCCAGCACAAACUCCUGCUUGUCCAUCAACUGCAUAACAGUUUCUUCUGUUGUUUUUUUGUCCUCUUCUUCCCUUUCCAGGAGGAAACGGUCUUUUCUACCUUGACUUUCCUUCUUAUCCGUUUCUUAAACUCCCAGCAACCAUCACAGCGGUCUUUCUAGCCUUCUUCUCUUGCUCCUUUGACUUGUAUUCCCUCUAGGAUCUGCAGCUCUGCAGCCUCUGCUGUUGAGAACGUCUCACCCACUUUUAGCGGUUCUUGUAACGUAUCCUGCUUCUUUUAGAACCUGUGUAAACCUUCAGCUGCAUGAACCAGAUGAAUCCAGACCUAAAGUGAUCAGACUCUGGGGAAACUCGGGUUCCAGGAGUGCAUGGCCGGAACAAAGACAUACCUCCAAUAAGUCAGUGUUUUCAGGAUAAAUAAGUGAACUUUUCGUCACUUUUUGUGACAUCCGUUUGCCUUGUAUUAUAGAUUUAGCCGCCUCUUAAAGGGUCAGCCGGCUUUUACUGGAUGAAGAUCUAGAAAAUUCAUUCAACGAAGUGAACAUGGUCAGAUGGAGAGGCGCUUUUCCAACCAGCAGGCGAGACCGAGCAGCCUUCAGCAGGCUGCUGGAUUUGAUUAUGUUCUUAUCUAAGUAACUUAGAUAGUAUUCAGUUACAUUGUUGGUUUGUACUCUGUGGAGUUGGUGCUCGUCAAUUUGUCUAAUCUGUGGCUUUUGCAUGCAGGAUGAGCUAACAGGCUAGGCGCUCCAGAAAUGUCGUUAAGCCCAUUCAGGAUUUGCCGGAACCAACACCCCAAAUGUGACUUUCAGAUGCAGAUGGUUUGCUUAUGUGAAGCUGCCUGGCUUAAGAGCACAACGUUGUUUUCACAAAGGUUCUCUUCUAAACACAGUGUGUGUAGUUUUACAGAAAACACACUAAAGUCUAGAGGAAACUGUAGAGUCCUUGAUUAUUUAUUGCCCAUUCUUGACAUUUUUAUUUAGCUUUUCCUACAAAUAUUUCAAAGAUUGAUUACCCUUUAACACCAGAGCUUUAGCUCCUGUGUUGGCGCUCUUUAACUUAGCUACCAUAACUCUUCAACCGCUUACUCAAGUAACCUAACUCUGAGACGGAGAAAAGCAUCUUUGAGCCAAAACAUAGCCGCUUUUCUCAGCCUAUCGCCUAUCUUGGAAUCACGUUCAUUGCAUAAAUGGUCAAAGAGUUACGGUAGUCCGUCUGUUAUUUCGUCUCACCGGUGGUAACUCUGGUACUGAAGGCUGAACGGACGUCCCCUAUAGCCAUAAUGGUAGAACUAGUGAUGUGGGGAGCAGGUCUUUUCACACAAAAACUGUUUUGAAAAAUUGUUUUAAAAAAUGUUUAUGAGUAAAGUUUUGUCUUUUAACAUAGAAUUUAUAAAAGGUACCAAAAAUGGCCCAAAAACAUACAGGAAACGCCAUGUCCUAACAGAAUUGGCAUACAGAUAAAAAUAAACAAAAGUUAUAAAAAUUGAAAACUUUCAGAUGUUUGAUGAAACAUUAUUAUCACUGGUUUGUUUUCUCAUGCAGCUCCAACAUUAAGCUAAACAGAAGAAGUUAGUGCUGGUAACCGGUUACCAUGUUUAUCCUCCAUAACAAGUAUUACUAGUAACAGCAUUACAGUUUAGCAGACACACCAUGAAUCAGGUUAAUUUAGCUGUUUUUUUUUAAAGUCUCUUGGAGAUACGCUUUUGUUAAUGCUGAUAUCUGGAAGGAAAACUAACUCUCACCAGAAAUAGAAACCUUUGGUUUGUGUGUAAACAUCUGUGAAACCAGGUUAGUAUUGUUACAGAUGUAAUACGAGCCUAACAGCUUUUGAAAUAUAGCUUGCGGUUAAAGAUUGUAGCCUUUGCACCUGUUAAGUGUUGCUAGUAAAAAGCUGAGAAUGUUUUCUGUAAUUAGGAGGUGUUCUGUAGCUGGUUUGGAAGUGAAACGGAAAAUGUGUUGUUACGUAGCAUUAUCUGCAGGUUUAGAUGGUUUCUUCAGACAAUAAUAAAGAGCUUCUUGUUGUGUGAGAGCUAGCAGUCAACGCAAACGUCAUUUAUAAAAGAAUCCAGUGUGCUCUAAAUGGAAACUGCUUAAAAUUUCAAACUAUAAAAAUGUAAACUCAUUUUUAGCAUACAUUUGUGCUCACAUUACUAUCGCUAACAUGGCAGAGGUGGCUAAUCGUUAGCUUUUCUCUUCAAAUUAGCAUAUCUAAUGUAUCAGGAAGGACUAAAACCAUCAGAUUAGCAUAGCUAGUUCUAAUAGGGCAUAAUGACUCUGCCCAAUGCAUUGUGGGAAGUAAUGCUUUGUUCGGUUUUGUUUUGGUUUGUACCAGAUUUUAGUGGGUUUCUCACAGGGUGACGUCACACUGUCAUUGCAAUGUUGUGUGUGCCUGAUUAUUUAUAAUAAAUUGUUUGUACUGAGGACGUUGGACUGCGCCAUUUCCGUUGUGCCUCCUGUACGUCUGGUUGCUCAGGGUUGUAUGGAGGACAAGUCAGCUCAACAUUCUGUCUUUUAGUGUGGUUAAGGCAGUGUUUGCUAGUACCCUGCUAGUUAGCAUUGUUGAGUUUCAUUCUAUUAUGGUGGUUUUCUGACAGUGGAAAUCCCACUUCUGACACAAAUGUAGCUGCCGCAAUGGCUAGAUACACGUUAGGAAUGAGAUGAGGCAGAACUCAGCUAACUAUGCUGAGACUAACAAAAUGCAUCUACUGCUUAAACCGCACUAGAUAGCAGAAUGAUGAGCUAAAUCGAGCCCCAUGUACCUCAUGACCCAGAGCAGCCAGAAGUACAGGAGGCACAACAUAAAUGGCACAGUCCAAUGUCCGCGGUACGAACCAUUUAACAGACCGGUUUCAGUGCUGUAUUACCACUUCCAGAACCCAUUAACUUGUGGUGCAAACCAUGAAAACACAAAACAUUACUUCCCACAAUGCAUUGGGUAUGGAUAUUACAAUACUAAAAAAAUAUUUCUUAUUUUCUUUAUACUGUUUAUUUGUUUUCUCGCAUUAGCAUAGUGAAUUCUAACGUUCCAGAUAUGACCAAUUGUUUUGCAUUCGUCUAACCAACAAUUUGCUAAUAUUGCAGAAGUGGCCAACCUGUUACUUUUUUUUGUUUUGUUGCAAAAUACUUUAGUUAUUCUGCAUUGAAGUAUAGAUAUAUAUAUUUUAAAAACUGCAUUUAGUAUGCUUUGUAUUGUUUAAAAAAAAGGUUUUGCGUUACUUUUUUUUUAUUUAAGUAGGCAUGUAGUCGUUGCAGUCAAACCAUUAGGGACGGCAUGGACUUUAGAGACAGAGUAGACUUUAUAAAAAAUAUACAAACUCAUUGAAGAUUAUUUAAACAGAAUGAUAAAUAAGCACGUACAGGACUCCAGAUCACACCAAUUCUUUGAAACUGAAUACUCAGCGGUGUUUUGUUUAAAUUUCACUUAGUCAGAAUACAAGAGUUUACCAAAUAAACAACGUUCCUUUGGUUUUUUACCUUUUAUUUUGUGUUUCUAUAGAAAGAGUCAACUGAAUACAUAGUUUUUCCACAACUUGUUUGGGGAGCAUAAAGUUCAACAUUAAAACAAGUGUCACGAGUUAGAUUAGAGUGGAUAAGACACCAUUUAUCCCACGAUGGGGAAAUUCUUUUGGAAAGAAGUUCUUUAGGAAGUUCAAUAUCCUGAUCCAAUCAACACUAAAGGCAAUACGUUUAUAAAAAUUAACAUUUCAUGAAGGAAGAUUUUCUUUGCGGUCAUGUUGGACAUUAAAAACACAAAUGCAAAGUGAACAGUCCUGUUUCAGGUGGUCGUAAAAGACAGGGCUUUCCCUUUCAAAAUGUUUUUGACCUCCUUUUGUGUCGGAAAAUCUGAAUUUUCCAAACCUGUUUGUGAAUUGUGUUUGAGAUGUGAAGAGGGGGUUUCCAAAAAUCUAAACAGAAAGUUAACAUAAGAAACUAAAGGAGGAAAACCUUUUCCCCCUUCUCUUCCUGUUAGCUUUGAAUUUAAUUUCCUUCUUAUUGUAACUAUUUUCACUGUUUUUUAUAUUUUCACCAGCUUGGCCCACAUCCAUGCAGCCUUUUGAUUUAGUGCUUUAAGACUUCAUUCUCUGAACCCUGUUUUUUUUAAACUACUUCACGUUUUCUUCGCUGAUUUGCCCUCUAUGGCGACAUGUAUUCUAACCUCAAUGAGGGAUUGUACAGCGUUUCUGUGUUUUCACCGUCUGACAGUCAGACCUCGACCACAUUGGCGGCCUCCUCUGGCUGAAAGCGUCAGUCCUGUCUCUGAAGGGAAGCAGAAAAAAAAGCUUUUUUAUAUAUUUAUAAACCAAUUAAACCUGAAUUUCAAUCACAGAAAUCCACAUUUUAACAUGAAGGCUGUCAGGAUUUUCCGUCUUCUGCAGCUUUGUAUUUAUGUUAAAUCGUUUAAGCAAAGCAGAGUCGCUUAUGUGGAACAAACUUCCUCAGAACGGCAGGAAGUGCAGGUUUUUUUCCUGUGCUCGUCACUUUUGAGCACUGCACCGUCAUCUUGGUACUGACGUCUCGUAUGCCAACUUUAGCGGGACGAGGAGCUGUAAGGUUUCAGUCCAAAGGUGUUGACAGGACACAGUUCGUCGGUAGAUUAAACCUCUAGAACCAUUGAGGAAAAUUGAGUUUAUCACACAAUAACUCACUUCAAAAAUGUUAAAAAGGUCAACUUUGCUCAGUGUAAAAAAAUCUUUUUUAGCGUCUUUUCCUCUGAUAAGCAGUCAGGCCCGGCCUGCUGUUGAGCAAAGGCUGAUACAGUUUUGCACCGUCAUCUCUGGGGCAUGAUAAUGUGGCCGUGGUCUGACCCGCGUUACGUCAUAGAACUAUAUGGUCGUAAACAUUUCAAAAUGAAUCAGAAAAGCUCCUGUCCUCUGGAGAGCUGCCUGUGUGUAUGUAAAUAUAGAAACACCUUGUUGCUAUUUAUGUAGGUGUUGUAUGUAUUUAUUUAUUUGGUUGUUUGUUUAUUUAUUCCAGCGUCCUAUUUAUUGGUCAGGCACCUGUGGUGUAAUUGACGGUUGUUGGCACAUUGCUGUGUAAUGUGGAGGAGGGUGGACCUUUGGGGGAGGGGCUGGUUAAUGGAGGGGUGUGGGGGUGGGGGGGCGGAUGGGUUGGUCAUUGGGGUACAAAGCUAGCUGUGACACUAACUGUUGCUCUCCUUGUACUGGACAAAGAUAUACUUAAAGACCACUGUAUGUAUAACUGCUUGUCGUGAAGAUGAAGUACAAUCUAAUGACAAUAAAGCAUAAACACUAUGA